AUGGACGGCCUCUUUACACUGCUCAUCUUGAGCAUAGUCAUGGCGCUGGCCUCCUUUCUUGCAGGCAUUUUGCCUUUGUCUCUCACGCUUUCACAGUCACAACUGAGACUAAUCUCCACUAUUGGAAUGGGUGUGCUUGUUGGAACUUCCCUGGUGGUCAUCCUCCCUGAAGGCGUUGAAACUCUCUACAGUGCUGCCGAGGUCGGGGAUGGGGCGCAUUCUCAUACAAAACGACAUAUGUACGCCCGGGGUGUCGACAUUCACUGGAUGAACGAUGAGUCUCCUCUGUCUGCUCUGGUCCUGGUUCCGCGCGCCCUAGGUGACGAGACCAGUCCUUUUAAUGUCCCAGGCCCCGCUAUACCGUCGAAAUUUGAUGACCCACCACGAACCCCUACAGACCCAGGUGUCGUUGGUGUGAUGGACACAGGCAGUGGCAAGACGAGCAGCAACGGCGAAGAGAGUGGUGAGAAACACAGCGAAUCGGAACACGCGUGGAUUGGGAUCGCAUUGCUAGCUGGAUUCAUGCUCAUGUAUCUCGUGGACAAGGUGCCUCAAUACACACAACCUCCGAAACCGAAGACAAGAACACAUCACAUUGCUCUUAAUAAUCUAGGGCGCAGGUUCAAUCUGACAACUUCUUUGGACCGGGAUGAAGAAGCAGAUUCGUUCCUCGAGUCUUCAGAAGGCUCUCACGUACAAAAUCGCAGUUUUGCAACCACAAUUGGCCUUGUUAUCCAUGCAGCAGCUGAUGGGAUAGCUCUGGGGGCGUCUUCCACAGCUACGAAUUCUGGGUUGAGUUUGGUCAUAUUUUUCGCAAUCAUGAUCCACAAAGCGCCAGCGGCUUUCGGCCUGACCUCUGUGUUGGUUAAGCAGGGUCUUUCCAAACGAGCGGCUCGAGGACAUUUGGUUCUGUUCAGUCUGGCCGCACCUACUGGCGCAAUAGUUACAUGGCUGCUUGCCAGCAUCCUGGGUGGGGCUUCUGCUAACCACAGUCCUGAAACGACCAAAUGGUGGACUGGCAUGUUACUUCUUUUCUCCGCGGGCACGUUUUUGUAUGUGGCAAUGCAUUCUAUGCAAGAUACAUCCAAUUCUCAUCAGCAGACCACGAUGAAUGGCCAGGUGAAUGGGUACGGUGAAGGACGAGAUGGUACACCAAUCGACCAAAGGGCCUGCUGGAAAGAUCUAGCAGCAGCAUGUUUUGGCAUGAUCCUACCUAUAUUUUUGCAGGUUGGGCACGCACAUUGA